AUGAUCGCGACCAACAUGAUCAAGGAUGUGCGAGUCCCUCUCAAGUCGGGUGGAGCAACUACAUGUCGAGGAUGUCAACAAGGGAAAAUGGUCCAAAAACCAUUUCCAAGCAACCGAGACAAGCGCAGCUACGAUACGUUUGAGCUACUUCAUCUGGACAUCUGCGGGCCCAUGGAAAAGGAUUCGCUCGGUGGCAGCAAAUAUUUGCUGCUGAUCAUCGACGAAGCCAGUGGAUGCAUGAAGGGCUUUUGUCUACGAGUGAAGUCCGAGAGUGAAGACUACAUCCGGAAAUAUAUCACCAUGGUACAGACGCAAUUCUGUAAGAAGGUCAAGUUCGUGCGACACGACGGAGCUCGCGAGUUUGCAACCAACUCGCUUCAACUGUUCUACGAAGACGAAGGCAUUGAACAGCAGACAACGGUGCCGUAUGCACAUCAAACAAACGGAACAGCAGAGCGUGCCAUUAGGACUAUUGUCACGAUCGGCCGCAGCAUGCUUCAUCAUGCCAAACUGGACAAGUGUUUCUGGGCCGAAGCAGCGAUGACGGCCAUCUACGUCAAGAAUCGACUGCCGUCACCUAAAGUCGUGCACAAGACCCCGUUUGAGAUCGUCUACAACUUGAAACCAAGCGUCAAGCACAUGCGAACAUUCGGGUGUCAGACAUACAUACUGACGCCUAAAGAGAAUCGACUCAAGUGGGAUCCAAAGGCUCGCGCUGGCAUAUUCGUGGGCUACGAAGAAGUUUCGAAGGCAUAUCGUGUUUAUGACAUCGAGGCGGGGCAGGUGGUUAUCAGCCGCGAUGUCAACUUCGACGAGUCCACCUUUGGACUUCAACUGCCGAUCACUGAUGAAGAUGUCGAUGACCUGGACUUCGAAUUGCUGGAUCUUGAUGACGAAGAGCUGCGUCAAAUGGAGUACAAGCAAACAGGCAAGCGCAAGAACCGACUCAAUGAUGAAGAUACAGCAGCUCCACGACCGCGUGCAGUGCGUCAACGACCAGGACUAGAAGAGUCAAGCGCGCCGGAAAACAACUCGUCACGACAAGAAGAAGACGAAGAAACGAAGGAUUCUGGUGAUUCAACACCGCCUGUGUUUUGGCGUGCGAGUGCAAAUGCCGUUGAAGCAGCAGUGGACUUAUCAGAACCCUCAACAUUUGAAGCAGCAGUAAGCGGCCCUGACCAAGUGCACUGGAGAAAAGCAAUUCAUGCAGAGCUCGAGUCAAUGCGACUUCGCGGUGUGUUUCGUGCAGCCAAGCUGCCCAACGGACAACGCGCCAUUGGCACAAAAUGGGUGUUCAAGAUCAAGCGCAAGGCGGAUGGGUCAAUCGAGAAGUACAACGCACGACUUGUGGCCAAGGGUUUCCGCCAAAAGUAUGGCAUCGACUACACGGAGACGUUUUCGCCUGUGGUCAAGUAUGUGACGCUGCGAAUGGUGAUCGCAAUUUCCAAGCAUUUUGGAUGGCCCAUCGACCAGCUUGAUGUGGUGACAGCUUUCCUGUAUGGCGUCAUGAAGGAACAAGUGUUCUGCGUGAUUCCUGAAGGCGUCGAACUUGACAGUACGUUCGACUGCCUGGAAUUGGUGAAGUCAAUUUACGGCCUCAAGCAAGCGUCGCGAGUGUGGAACGAGACGUUCGACGAGUAUGUGUGCUCCAUCGGAUUUCAAGUAUCGGACUUCGACCCAUGUCUCUACAUCAAGACUUCGGACGGCCAUUGCGUGUUUAUACUGGUCUACGUGGACGACGUCUUGGUGACUGGAAGCUCACUCGAGCUGAUUGCACAAACCAAGAACGACCUGAAGACGCGGUUCGAAAUGACGGACAGCGGCAAGUGUGCGUUUGUUCUUGGGAUCGAGCUUUUGGACGGUGAAGAUGGCAGUGUGACACUAUGUCAGCGUCGGUAUGUCGAUGAUAUCCUCAAGCGCUUUGGCAUGGAUGAUUGCAAGGCAGUCGCAAGUCCAGUCGACAUGAGCUCUCGACUUGUUUCAAGUGAUGCAACUACCAAGGUCGAUGCUCCUUUUCGCGAAGCUGUUGGUGCGUUGAUGCACCUGACCACUGCAACGCGUCCGGACAUUGCGUUUGCUGUGGGCUAUGUGUCGCGGUUCAUGGAAAAUCCCCAAGAAGAACACUGGGUUGCAGUUAAGCGUAUCUUUCGCUACCUACAAGGCACCAAGACGCAUGGAAUUUGCUACAAGCCAAGUGCAAGGAUCGACUUCCGUGGAUAUUCGGAUGCGGAUUGGGCUGGUGAUCUUACCGACCGCAAGUCAACAUCGGGGUACACGUUCAUGCUACUCGGUGCGCCAGUUAUUGAGGGUUACCGGUACAAUCCGAACCUAGCGCGUAGUUCUUACGAGAUAGUUUUUACAUCGGUAAUUACCUCAGAGAUGAUUAGACGCGUAGGAUGA